CGCGACGGCGCUCGAGAGCAGGAGGGGGAUUUCCAGCGCGAGCCCCCACUUCCCCUCAACGGCCGCUGUUUUGCUUUCGCUCUCCGCUGAGAAACAGAAAAGAGCCACGGACACACUUUUGUUUCGCACUUUGUGUGUAAGUCCGGGAGAGAAGUUAAGCCGUGUGACUCGGGCUGGUAUCGUCGGUGUGUCAGCGGGAGCCCGGAGCUACAGGCCGUCCUCAGCGAACAGGCCACAAUGCCAGUAGAGAGGAUGAGGAUGCGACCGUGGCUGGAGGAACAAAUAAACUCAUGUCAGAUACCCGGACUGAAAUGGGUUAAUAAGGAAAAGAGAAUCUUCCAGAUCCCGUGGAUGCAUGCUGCGCGCCAUGGCUGGGACCUAGAGAAAGAUGCACCGCUGUUCAUGAAAUGGGCCGUACACACUGGUAAAUUCCAGCCAGGCAUAGACCGUCCGGACCCAAAGACGUGGAAGGCUAAUUUCCGCUGUGCCAUGAACAGUCUGCCAGACAUCGAGGAAGUGAAGGAUAAAAGCAUCAAGAAGGGAACUAACGCCUUCAGAGUUUAUAAGAUGCUCUCCUCCACAGAGAGAAGUAUGAAGAAAGGAAAGAAGAAGUCCGACAAAGAGGGGAGGCCCAAGGAAAAUAAAGAGGUACCGUCUCCGUUUCCAGUAAGAACUCCUCUCCAAGCUCUUGCUGGACCUAUCGACUAUUCCAAACAGGAAGAGGUCAAGCACGAACCCAUAGAGUCAACGGUGAUGGACAGUGCCUCAGCCAUUCACAGCUCAGUUGAAGACCAUGUGAUCACGAGCGAGCAGCUGCCAUUCGUCUGUCAGACAAUUGAAGUAACCACUGAGAAUGAGGAGCAAACGGUUAGCUCCUCCCACUCGUACCCACUCCAAAUCUCCCCUGUUUCUUCAUGCUGCGGUAGUGACACAGACAGUGACACAGAAGAUACCAAAGAGGGUAUCAGUGCAGUCUGGAGGCGGGACUACAGCACAUCAGUCGUCAGAGUUCCCACUUGUUCUCUUCCCAGCAUGGCCACUUUUGUCAGCGCCAACAAGCCGAACUUCAGGGUCACCAGCAUGCGGGACCCAGACCCACUCAUCAGCUACCACACAGACGGCUGGACGUCGGCCUACAGUCAAAACUCUCUUGCGUCUCCGGGGACCAGCCACACCCAUGAGAUGCGCGCAAGUGUCAUAAUGAAAACCUCCGACGCUACCUCUUCCUGACCCCAGAAGGGGGGUAUCCUAGCUGUUGUCAGAGCAUAGGAAUGACAGAGAAUGUUGUUUUUCUUCAUCAGGGCCAUGUGGUGCCUCAAAGGCCAAAUUACCAAAUCUGUGAUUUUGAUUGUAGCUUCUGUGUGGGACAAUAGUUCCCUGAGUUUUCCUUUUGAUUGGAAAAAUUGCUGACUAGUUUUAAUGAUAUUCUCCGGGGCUUGACUUGCCCACUAAUUGGGGAACACUGAAGUCUUUUAAACUGUCUGCAUCUGUACGGCUGCGACAGUUUGGGUAGAUUUCAUUAAGUUCCCAUGUCUGCAAGGAUUUGUGAACAAACCAUGUCCAGGUUAAAUGUAUGAACACGUGGAAUGUACACGCCGGCAAUUGUGAAUCUAGAGUGUAUAUGUGGGAUGUGUGUUCACAUUUCUGGAUUAUAUUUAGUCUUGGUCAUCCAUGUGUCACAGGAAGGUCAUUUAUCUGGCUGCUUGUUGUCGACACUUUAGGACACCAUGGUUAGUGAAGAGUUGAUUUAGCACUUUUACAUAAUUUCUUAAGAUGGAUUUUAUGUGUAAAAUAUAUCUUUUGUAGAUGCAUAAUCUAGCUGUGACUAGAUUUUCAUAUUAAUGAACAGUUUUAUUUUUUUAAGCUGUUAAGAGCCUCCAGUCAAUCCAAACAUUCAGUUCCUAUGUCAAAUAGUCCCUAGUGGUUCAUUACAGGUGGAUGUUAUUUUAUUUAAAACUUAUUUUGAAUAUGAAACCUAAUCGUACCACAUUUAAUUUAAAAUUACUUGCCGGUUAAGUAUUACAACCCGUUACAAAACAAAAUGUUUUGAUGAAACUGUUUAGUUUCCCAGUCUCAAUGUCUAUGUGUGAACAAACGUCCUCUUUUAUGUCUUAAUUUUUUAUUGCACCAUAAAUGGGAAGAGGACCAUUUACUUACUAUUUCAAAAGAGUUGAACCUUGAGCAGGAAACACUGUCUAAAAUGAUUUACUGUGACACAUGGAUGGAACAAAGAUUACGUAAGCCUAGAAGCAAACUGUUGAUAACAGAGGAACCAAAAAACAAAUGUUAUGAGGAAGUUAAAGUCUCUGUCGGCAAACCAGCUCCACUAGCAGCAAGUCACAAGAAGACUCAGAGGCAUGUUGUUGACAAUCAUGACAAUCAUUGAUAUGCCCCGAAUUGCCCCAUGCAAGCAUGUGUGUGUGUGUGUGUGUGUGUGUGUGUGUGUGUGUGUGUGUGUGUGUGUGUGUGUGUGUGUGUGGGUGCGCCUGUGAACUUGUAAGUCUGGAAACCUCAGGUAAACGUGCCCGCCUACACGGAGAGAUGAACUGACAAGAUAAACGACAGACAUGCUGACAGACGGACUAACAAGACUGUGAAAAAUGGCUUUCUUCCGCUCUCUCCUGCCUCCUGGUGUUAAUAAUGUACAUAGCUCAUAUGUAUGUAUGCCUGCAAACUGCUUCUGCACCUUAUGGACAGCACUGGUGUGUGUGCGUGUGUGUGUGUGUGUGUUGGGGAGAUGGUAUUGAAGAUGUGUGGAUGGAUACAAAUGAUCUAUGCUUUAGUCUGCUAACAGCCUAAACCUCAGUCGAUUCUGAUGCUCAGUUGUCGCAGUGCAAGCAUCAUGUUAAGCACAAAUUUUCACAAUCUGUAAAUCUCAACACAAAGAAAGACAUUAUAUUGAAGUGUAUGCACAGAAUGAUAAACGUGAGCAUCAAAGGAAGAUCUUCUUUCCUUUGAUUGUCUCGCAUACCUGUAAAGAUGCAAGCUUGGUGUUCUCAGUAUUAUUUGGCAAAAUAUAACUAACUAAGAAGAAGUAGGUUAUGAAAUGUUCAUAUUCCAUCUCCUGAGAGUCAUCUCUCCCUGUGUUCUGAACUGAGUGAAUCAGAAAGCUACUGGUGUGUUAGCAGCUAGCAGGCUAAAGCGCAUUUCAUCAUUCCCAGGCUGCGUUCAGCCAAGCCCCAGCUCUUGAGGAUACACAGGAUGCUGCCAUGUUUGUGAACCAAACCCCUGUAGAUUUUGACACUGGACGCACAUUAUCAUCAUGGUGAAAUUAUUUAAGUUUCUCAUUCAAUCUAAGGCGUAUGGGUUUACUUGACAGCAGAUGUGGAAUAGAUGUCGCUUUUUCCAAAUGUUUCUUCAACGUGUGUUUUUUUUUCUUAUUUAACAUGAAUCACAUUGAAAGAUAAUGGACACUUCAUAGUACUUAGAAAUGCUCCUCACUCUUCUUCAGUGAUUUGUGUUCUUCGGCUCACAGCCUCCUUGAGUGCUGUAUUUUUACAACCAUGUCAUUAUGACCAAAUCAGAUGCUUUUCUUUAACUAUGUUUAUUUAGAAACCAAUAUUCUGAUUAGGACAAUAGUUGACAAUUCUAUGAUUACCUUAACCUGAAUAAUAAUGAUAUUAUUAAUAAACAAUUAACAGUUAAUCACACAGGAAUCUGAAUGGGGUAAUCUAUUGGCAAAUUGUGUAAACAUCAUAAAUAUCUUAUUCAGAUUAAGGUCGAUUUAUUGGUCUCCAUGUAAACCUAGUUGGUAAAACAGCCAAAAUUGUUGUUUCAUUGCAUGCAAAUGGUAUAGUUCAUAUUUGGCCUUUGCACCAGCACAAAUGUGGUGAAUUAAAUUAAAAUUGUAGUGAUUUCAAAAUUGAAGCAUGAGCUGACUUGAAAUCGAUGUGUUCUAAUUAAUGUUGCCGUUUUUUGAUUAUUGAAUGUUCAGAUCCUUCUACCGUCACAAGCCUGACCAUGAAUACUUUUGAAAGAAGUUGUCAUGGAACAACUGAAGUGCACUUAAACCUGGAGCCUAUUUCUGUUUCUAUCUAUGCUAAAGGGACGUCAUUGCAGCCAAAAGUAAGCAGGGAAAAGUGGGUAGUGAUACUGUUAUUUGUCAUGAGGUUGUAUGAUCUUUCUUACUUGCCUCCACUUUAUGAGCUUGCUUACUUUUACUUUUAAAACUGAGGUGUGUCUCACUGUCGGCACUUUAAACGUAUAAUAAAAAACAAUAUUGCCAUUCAACUCCCAAGGUUAAGCAACACAGGUAACUGCCCAGCUAAUAGAAACUGGACCCACAAUGUGUCAUCACUGUUUAUUCUGCAAACAUUAUGAAAACUACAUGUGGAUCAAGAUGUAAAUCUGAAUAAAGACGUUUUUUGUAUUUA